GUGUGGAUGCUAACGCUGUUUUAUUAUUCACUGUACCGAGCAGGGACGUUGAAGAUGAAUUUACUUGCCAUCGUAAUAAUCGCUUGUUCAGUCUCGAUUUGCCAGGCUUACCCGCAUGGCCAUGGCAACCAUCAAGAUCAAGAUGAUUACGACUUUAUCGAUUUGAUUGCUAGUAUUGCAGCGGCAAUCAUUCUGGACGACGUUUCCGGUGAAAUACAAAAUCUGUCACCGUCCGAACUGAUGAGCUGUGUUUCGCAAGAUUAUCGAAAGAACUUUUACCUGCAAUGUGAGGCUGAAUGUGUCCGCCAACCGGAUUACAUACCCGCAAUGACCGCUGAAUGCCUCUUAGUUAACAUGGAAGCACUGGACAACGUUACUGGCCUUCUUGACAUGGCCUCGCUGAAAGCCAACACCCUCUCGUCUAUCGAUUCUCUUACGGCGGAACAACAAGUUUUAGGCUUAGCUAGCCUCGAAUCCUGUGUCGAAUCCAAUUUCACUCUUCCGGAUCCUCCUUCCUUUGUGGCGGCUGCGAAUACAACAGUGGACCAACUGUUUCAUAACCUGGGGAAAUAUGAUAUCCGCAAUAAUCCAAUGAGGAUCAUGGUUUGCGUGGCUAACGCUCUGAUUGAAAACGGUUGCUUCAGUGAUUCCAUCUCAAAAAAAUUGGUUGUCGCCCCAGAAAGCGACAAAUCACUCGACGAAAAUUCACCUCGUGAUGGCAACGGCGACGAAAUCCUAUCAGCCGACAGCAAAGCAAAGCCAAUUGACUUUGCACUGUGAAAACUGAAAUUAGUUCUGCCAUCUAUAACCGACGUACCGACUGCAAACAAGAAAAGUUUCAUUCAAAGUUGAAAUGUUCUAUUUUAGCCAAUAUUAUGGCCUACAUGUUAUCUGAAUACAGCAAAUUAAAAUUAUGUCAUUGUCGCCGUCUU